UAAACAUUGCGAUUUGAAGUUCCCGGUGUGUGGAAGCGGGAAGUUAUCGAAGAUUUUUACUGCAGAUGUUGUAAAACAGUGUUCUGAGAAACAAUAACAAGGAAUAUUUACAGUAUCAGCAUGACAUCUUUUCGACAGCUCGAGCAGCGUCAUGUAUCUGCAGAGAUAGCUUUGAUGGAAUGGAAUCCAAUGCUAGAUCUUAUAGCAUUAGCUACAGUUAAUGGGGAAGUGAUUCUUCAUCGACUGACAUGGCAAAAAGUUUGGUCAUUUCCAUCACCAAGUACUAAGGAUAAAGUUGUGUUAGUGACGGCCAUAGCUUGGCGCCCUGAUGGUAAAAUUCUUGCAUAUGCAUAUGAUAAUGGGAAAGUAACUUUGUGUGAUGUUGAGAAUUCUGAAGCCGUCCAUCUACUUGAUGUUCAUUGUAUAGUUACUUCUCUUAGUUGGGUUCAGACUAAUGAAAAAGAUGACGCUGAACAAAUGGCGUUUUAUAGCGAUCGUUCUGCAGAAUACUUACAAAAACUUUUUACAUUCCACAAAACCUAUGGAGCAGGAACUAAACAAGUAGAAGAAGUUGCUGAUGAUUUUAAGCGAUUAAAGGGUCAAAAGAGCCUUAAUAUUUUAGCAAUAGGCAUGGAUGUUGGAAUGGUCCAUCUCCAUUCUUUUGGCAUGUUUCCUUCUGGUUAUUUGGAUGUAAAUGCUCAAAAUGAAAAUGGUGCGAAUCAGGAUAAAGUUCUUUCGGUAACUCUGUCAAAAGAUUUCCGUGUAUUAACCGUAAUAGUAGAAUCUAAAGAUAAUGAUCAGAAUUAUUCAUAUUAUUUCAAGUCUUACAGUGUUUCUCUUUUAUGUGAUAAUACUGAAGAAAUAAAAGUUGUUGCUUUGAAGUAUGGACAAAUAUCUUCUCUUCUUACUUAUUUGUCUUCCACAAUUCGUGCUAUAACAGAGGCUUGGGAAGACAUCUUAUUAGAAGUGGACACAAAGCUCCAUAACUAUGCAUAUGAGAAAAGCCGCUUAUCUGAAGGAUCAAUUAGCGAUGAUUUCUUAGAAUUGCUUAUGUUUGGAAAUCCGACUGAUUCUCUUGAAAAGUUUUUGUUACAUGAUUUAACAGAAAGUGGUUUAAAAAAAUUUGGUCAUUCUAUUGAACUCUCCUAUUCAAAUAUUCAAAAACUUAUCUUAAAGCGUCUUCAGAAUGUUGCAUCUUCAUUGUUUUAUCACUUAAAUGAUCUCAAAGGUAUGGCUAUGUGGCAUGAGCGAUUUGGAGCCCUUGGUCUUUCAGAGUCUGCUGUUAAUGAUGCUGUUUUAUCUGUAGGAUCUUUUCUUCUUAAGGCUACUGAGAUUCAACAAGUUAUUGACAGCAGCAUGAAAAAUUUCAAAGCAUUCUUCAGAUGGCUUUAUUCAGUUAUCCUCCGCUUGUCUGAUGAGCCCAUUCCUCUUGAAAUAAGCAAAUUGACGCAACAAGAUUUGCAUUUUGUUGCUGAAUUCUUAAAAGAAAAUUUCACUUCUACACCUUGUAGAGAUAAAAAAACAACUGUGAAACUUGAACGUGUAGCUCAAUAUCUGAAGAAAGAAGACUUGGCUUUCCCUGCCUCUACAAAUGGUAACCCAUGGGUUAAAUUUCUUGAAGAACAUCCAAUAUGGAAGGAAAGUGGGAUUGUUUUUCCUUAUUAUUCUGAAAAGUCUCUUAUUACACAGUAUACAGAUUUAAGAAAAGUGAUUGAUGUUGCUGUAAAAGGACCAUGGACGGUUUUGAAAAAUACUGUACAUACUAGAGCUUCUUAUCUUCUGUACAAAACUGGAAAUGCAAGUUCACAACUUCAAAUAUCCCACAUUUCUUGCUUUGAGAGUGGAUAUUUAUAUACUGCUGUUACUGAGAAAUCGCCACCUAGUAAUUGCUUCUAUUUAAUUAGAGAAGCAACGGCCAAAGAAGGUGAGUUUGAAGGAAUUGGCUUAACUUUUAAAAAUUUACAGAAUGGUCCUUCUUCUUCUGAAUCUCCUGACAAAUUGAAUUGUUACAAAGUUUUAGAUGUUAAGUUCUAUAAUAAAGACACUAUUACUGUGCUACUGCUUGAGGAUUUUGAAACUGAUAUAAGAUGUCCAGUUUUAUUGCAGUUACCUUUAAAACCUCUUUGUACAGAAAUGAAAACUAUUUCAUUAGGUGAAGGAGAACAUCUAGGGCAAAAAAUAGCAAUGUUAGAGGCUGGGCCUUAUAUGGAAAAAAAUAACUACAAGAGGCUAGAAUACAUCAAAGCUUCAAAAAUUGCUGUCAGUGGUUCACGUAAAGUAGUUUGUGUUCUUUUUGCUUCAAAAAGGCAAGUUCGUCUUUUUGAAAUGGAUGUUGAAGAAGAAGAGGAGGAAGAGGGUGAACCAGAGCAUGAAGAUUCUGUUAUGAAAGACAGCAGCAAAGACAAUUUAUCAUUUGCAAGCGAUAAAAGUGAUGAUAAAUUAGACAAAGAUAUGUCAUUUUAAUUUCUCCCCCCUGUAAUUGCUGUUUACUUGUAAAAUCAUGUUUUGAUUAAAAUGGUUUAACAUAAAUA